UUUGAAAUUGGCACCACACUUGGCUGCUCUUGUUAACUCCUCCGUAGCUGAACAGCUAAACCGGGAGUUGUCUUCCUGCAGAUAUUCUUUGUGUCAAAUGAGGGAUGAACAUUAUAUGUUCUCCCUCCGACUGUACUUCCAUCUUCACAACAAAAGAGUUAAUGAAAAAUACAUGAAAGCUUUGGGGGAACAGGCAAAGCAUUCCAUCCACAUUGGCCUACAUGGGAAAUUGACAUUCAGGAGUGAAGGUAGUUGUUUUAUUUCACAAAGUUCACCAGAGCCUGACACAGAUUGCUGGGGACGGACAAACAUAUGUGCCAGGAAGGAAACCCCAGAUUUCCAGUUGCAAGACCAACCAAACCCACUGUUUGAUCAUGUUUUGGAUGGGACCCAAUCACCAGAUGAGAUCAUAGGUGCAGUGGGUAAAACAGUGUUGAAAAGAUCUGACUUGAUGUCUUUAGGAUUGAACCAGGAAGUAUAGGCAACAGUGAUGAACUGUUGCCUUUCUCAGCUAUCCCACAUUGCUGGAGAGAAGGGCAAGGAUGUUCAUGUUCUUGAUUCAUAUGUGGUGGCCACUUGGCAACAACCUCUAAAUUGUGAUCCAUUUCUGUCCCUACCAACUGAUGCAUCCUCAAAAGACUGCAUCCUAUUUCCGAUUUGCAAAUCAGGUCACUGGACCUUAUGUCUCAAUUGCAAUAAAGAUGGUUCCGGGAUCCUGGAAGCUUGUUAAUAAUAAGGGUGUUCCAGCACAGUUUGGAUCUGUGGACUGCGGUGUAUUCAUGCUAAUGUAUGCACUGUACAAGGUGUUUAACUGGGAGUUUGACUUCACCCAGCAUGAUAUGGCCCAUAUCAUGCGGUGGUGGGUGAAUCUGCUCUUAGCAAAAAUGACACAUGGAAGAAAGAGGAAGUGCGCAUCAGCCUUGUCGGAAGUAAUCCGUGAAGAGACAAAAGAACAGGAGGCAGGACAAGUACAGAACAUCGAAAUCUUGAUGUUGCCAGACUCUGUCCUGUCUGAAAUUCUUCUUCACGUGGUCGUUGAGGAGGGUGGUUCUGGAUUGUUAAAUUUGUCUUUAGUUUGUUCCAAAUUCAGAAGUCUGGUGGAUACAGACUCAUUUAGGAGAAGGGCACACUUCUGCUGGCUUGACAGUGUAACAAAUUGGAGAGAGAAGUCUGUGACUUGUCAAGAAAACUACCAGAUGUACACACUGCAGCCCUGCAGACACUGCAAUGAAAUUUAUAAGAACUGCUUACCAGGUUAUGUUGGAAGAGGAAAACAAGGAGAAAUGCAAGGUUUAUACUCGGAAAACACCCAUCCAGGGUUUUGCAAUGAUUGGUGCCAGCUACUCGAGAAUGAAAUGCCGUUCAAUUAA